ACGUUCGCAAGGCUGGUCACACACUCGAAGGGUUCUGCUCCGAAUAACUCGAAUGUCAGGUUCCAGGGUGGCUUGGGCCUUGGACACCCCACCCUCGACAAGGCGCACCCGACUUUUCCUGUAGCACCGAUGGCCUGAGACACACACCUGGGCACCCCUGCCCGGAAUGGGGGCGCCCCAUGGUGGAAAGGGAAGAAUCGGUUUCCUAAAAGACAGAAAAAUGGAGGAAUUGGUAAACCAAAUGCAGCCACUGAAUGAGAAGCAGAUAGCCAAUUCUGAAGAUGGAUAUGUGUGGCAAGUCACUGAUAUGAAUCGGCUGCAGCGGUUCUUGUGUUUUGGUUCUGAAGGUGGGACUUACUCUAUCAAAGAACAGAAGUUGGGCCUUGAGAAUGCUGAAGCUUUAAUUAGAUUGAUUGAAGAUGGCAGAGGAUGUGAAGUGAUACAGGAAAUAAAGUCAUUUAGUCAAGAAGGCAGAACUGCGAAGCAGGAGCCUAUGCUCUUUGCCCUUGCCAUUUGUUCCCAGUGUUCCGACAUAAGCACAAAACAAGCCGCUUUCAAAGCUAUUUCUGAAGUUUGUCGCAUUCCUACACAUCUCUUUACUUUUAUACAAUUUAAGAAAGAUCUAAAGGAAAGCAUGAAAUGUGGCAUGUGGGGUCGCGCCCUCCGGAAGGCCGUAGCAGACUGGUACAAUGGAAAAGGUGGCAUGGCCCUUGCCCUGGCCGUCACAAAAUAUAAACAAAGAAAUGGCUGGUCUCACAAAGAUCUGUUAAGAUUGUCGCAUCUUAAACCUUCCAGUGAAGGACUUGCUAUUGUUACCAAAUAUAUUACAAAGGGCUGGAAAGAGGUCCAUGAAAUGUAUAAAGAAAAAGCACUUUCUGUGGAGACUGAGAAAUUAUUAAAGUAUCUGGAGGCUGUAGAGAAAGUGAAGCGCACAAAAGAUGAACUGGAAGUCAUUCAUCUGAUAGAAGAACACAGACUGGUUAGGGAGCAUCUCCUAACAAAUCACUUGAAGUCUAAAGAGGUAUGGAAGGCUUUGUUACAAGAAAUGCCUCUUACAGCAUUACUAAGGAAUCUUGGAAAGAUGACUGCUAAUUCAGUGCUUGAACCAGGAAACUCAGAAGUGUCUUUAGUAUGUGAAAAGCUGUGUAAUGAAAAACUGUUAAAAAAGGCUCGUAUACAUCCAUUUCAUGUUUUAAUUGCAUUGGAAACUUACAAAACAGGUCAUGGGCUCAGAGGAAAACUGAAGUGGUGCCCUGAUGAAGAAAUUUUGCAAGCUUUGGAUGCUGCUUUUUACAAAACAUUUAAGACAGUUGAGCCAGCUGGAAAGCGUUUCUUACUGGCAAUUGAUGUCAGUGCUUCUAUGAGCCAAAGAGUUUUGGGUAGUGUACUCAACGCUAGCACAGUAGCUGCAGCAAUGUGCAUGGUUGUCACACGAACAGAAAAAGAUUCUCAUAUAGUUGCUUUUUCAGAUGAAAUGGUACCAUGUCCAGUGACUACAGAUAUGACCUUACAACAGGUUUUAAUGGCUAUGAGCCAGAUCCCAGCAGGUGGAACUGAUUGCUCUCUUCCAAUGAUCUGGGCUCAAAACACAAAUACAGCCGCCGAUGUCUUCAUAGUAUUCACUGAUAACGAGACCUUUGCUGGACAUGUCCAUCCUGCCGUUGCUCUGAGGGAAUAUCGAAAGAAUAUGGAUAUUCCAGCUAAGUUGAUUGUUUGUGGAAUGACAUCAAAUGGUUUUACCAUUGCAGACCCAGAUGAUAGAGGCAUGUUGGAUAUGUGUGGCUUUGAUACUGGAGCUCUGGACGUGAUUCGAAGUUUCACAUUAGAUAUGAUUUAAUCAUAAGCACCAGCACCGUCUAAGAGGUCCAUUGCCAUCAGUGAUCUCGCUAAUACACCGCUACUUCCCAGCUAAUCUUAAUCCAAUGAAAGACAGUAGGAUGAUGGUAUAGUAUGUGCAUAAUGGAAAGUUUACCUUACAAAAAAAAAAAAGGAAGGAACAAUAAGAUGAGCCCAGAGUUCUUUCUGUCUACUAAACUAGCUCUUGGGAAAUAGCUUCAGAAUACACUGUAGCCCCCUCUAUCUAAUAGAGAACUUCUUGUUGAGAGACUGUAAAAUAGUCAAACAGUUUUGCUUUGGUGAAUAAUCACAUUUGUACUUAAGAGAGAGCCAAAAGUGUAAGUAGUUCCACAUCAUGUCACUUAUUUGAGAAAUGCCUAAAGUUUUCUUAAAUGUUUUCAUUGGUAAAGGACAACUUUGAUAAUGUCCAAAUAUUCUGAAAUGCACUGGACCAUGUAACUGUGAUGGAAUAUGAAACUCAUUUGUAAACUUUUAUACCAAGGAGGUUAAAAAAACAAACAAACAAAAAAACAAAGACAUUUGAUUAUGAAUGAGUUUUAAAAAUUCCUCUAACAGUUUUCUACAGUCACAUAAAUAGCAGCUUUCUCAGUCAGUGAAAAAGAUAUUUUGUUUCUGUGGUUUAAUUUACACUUGUAGAAUUGUUACCAUUAACCAGAAACAUAAGGGAAACCCCUGAGAAUAGAUCUGAAGUUUAUGUCAGCUGAGGAAGUCUAUUUUGGUUUGCUUUUGUUUGUUUAUUGCUGUGAGUGAGGGACAUGACUUGACAGUUUCCUCUGGCUUAUAACAACAUAGCCACAUGUAGGCACACUUUUUUUUUCAUUCUCUUAAAACAGAUAUUUCAAGCAUUUAACUCCCCCCAUUCAUAAUCUGAAAGUAUGACAAUUAAAAUCUCAAACAUAGCCAGAUUAGCUUUUUCCUUACUUUAAAAAUAUUGCUUUAAUUACUUUUAUCUAUUUUUUUAGCCAGUUAUAAAUGGGUUUUAGAUAUUUCUAAUUGUAAACAUGUUAGUGGCCUCCUCUCUCUUUGUCCAUUAUUCAUCUGUGGCUUUGUCCAUUAUUCAUUUGUGACAAAACAUUCUUUUUUGAUAGUAUAAAAA